AUGGAGAGCGUUGUUUCUGGCCUGAACGCGUCUCGCGAUAGCUCGCAUCUCAGAGACACGAUCGCCGCGCCCGCAGACCGAGCAACAAAAUCAGCCGCCCGGAAACAUAGCAGCCUCUCUCCGGAUCGCAUCAGAUCAGCCAUGGCGGCCAACGCCGCGCAAGAAGGCCUGACCCACCGCGUCGCCGCCAGGGACGACGACAGGGCCGCGGUGGCCGGCGGCGCUAGCCGGGACCCGGGCUCGAGGAAGCCGGGCGCGGGCAGGCGCGGCCUCCGGUCGCUCGCCGCCGCGGUGUCCCUCUCCGCCGCGCUCACCGCGCUGUCCUUCUUCGGCGCCUCCUCCUCCUCCUCCUCGGCGCCCGGCAAGGCGGCGCCGGCGACGACGGUGGCGAUCGUGCGGGCCGGGUCGGUGGCGGCGGAGGCGGUGCUGGCGCUGGCGGCGUGGAUGGCGUGGGCGGAGGGCGGCCUGCACGCGCGCCCGGCCGCCACGCUGCUCCCCUACGCGGCGCGGCUGGCGUGCGCCCUGGCGUGGGCGCCGCUCGUGCUGGGACACGGCGCGGCGCGCGCGGGCCUCGCGUGCUGCGCGGGCAUGGCCGCCGGCGCCGUGGCGUGCGCGCGCGGGUUCGGCGCCGUGAACCCCGUCGCCGGGGACCUCGCCAAGCCCGCCGUCGCCUGGGCCGUGCUCCUCGCCGUCGUCAACUACAAGAUGCUCUGAGCCGGCUCCUCCGUUCUGCCUCCAACUCGAACUCGAUCUCUUCUCUCGUGUGUGCUGUUCAUGUUCCACCAUGUGCAGGCCUCUCUCUCUCUCUCUCUGAGUGCACAGUAUUUUGUUGUGUGGACACGUUUGUAUACUCAAUACUGUAUGACUUGCCGUCUUUGCGCUGCUACAUAGGAGUAUGUACUGGUGUGUUACGUAUCCUCUGUUCCUUGGUGUAGGCUUUGCA